UGCGCCACCAGGGGUGUUGCGGACUGUGUUGUGUGUUGUGUUCUUCAGAAAUUUUUUACAUAUCUUUUAAUUUUUCGGCUAAUAAAUCCAAAUUUUUAUUUACAAAUGUUUACCAGAUGAUAAGAAAACGCAUCUGCCUGAUAAUUGGAUUGCUUUUGAGUCUAUUUUUGCUGAUAUUCUCGCUUAAUUUCUAUUUUCUCUCGAGACUCAAUGAGCAAAUCAAACAAAAAGACGCCACUAAACCAAAAAAAGUCACCAAAAUUGAAGAUGUUCAUUCGAAGAUAGUGAGAAAUGUUGAUCAAUUGGAUGAUCGAUAUCGCAGCAGAAACCCUAAGUUCCUUAGUGUUCGGAAGCAGCUGCUGAAAAACCUCAGACCCAGCUCAUAUGGAAAUAUUUCAUAUGUUUGGAAUUCAGCAAAUGAGGACAACAGGAAAACUGCUACCGAAAUUAUUGUGAAAACUUUAAACGAAAAACAAGACGUACAAUUGUUAGAUCAAUUGGACAAACACAUAAGGAGAAAUAGGAAGAAAAAAUCCAUAAAGUGGGUGGUGGACAACGAAAUAUAUCCGGCCUACGGUCGUGGAGUUGGCGUAGUAUGUCGGGCAUUACAACAAGAAACAAUAGUUCGGGCUAAGAACAGUCCAAAAGGGACACAGUUGAAAUUAAUGCUCCGUCUUACAGGUGGUCAGGUGGCCAUUUUUAAGCCUAAAUGGUAUGAAAAGGAUAUGGUGUUUUCGGGGGCUGUUUAUUCGGGGAAAGAUCGUCACACGUCGGAGAUUGUAGCAUUUUAUUUGGGAACUAUUUUAAAUUUACGAUGGACACCAAUAGCUGUCGGCAGGAAGAUUGAUCUUAAAGAAGUAUAUCGGCGGGCAGAUAAGGAACUGAAGGAGACAAUGGAUUCCCUGGAGGAAUUGCAAAGGAAAGAUCGCCUUGGCAGAGAACUUACAAGAAAAAUAUCAGAGCUCAAUGGGAAUACGAUGAGAACUAUUGCCAAGCUGUGAAGGAGAAAAUUUCACAAACACGCCUCUUGGAUUUGAUUGAUGCAUCUGUUUUUGAUUUCCUUAUUCAAAAUGGAGACCGACAUCACUAUGAGACGAGAAAUGAACGUGUACUUCUCAUGGACAAUGGGAAGGGCUUUGGAAAUCCCAACAUUGAUUUUAUUGAUAUUUUGGCUCCAUUGUAUCAAUGUUGCAUUAUCCGGAUGUCAACUUGGAAUCGAUUAAAAUUAUUUUCUGGAGGAAGUCUUACAGAAACUCUAGAAGAUCUUACAAAAUUCGAUUUAUUAUACCCCAUUUUGACCGAUGAACAUCUUGAAGCCAUUGAAAGAAGACUUCUUCUUGUAUAUAGCACUGUUGAGAUUUGUUUGCACCAAUACGGGAAGUCUGUUUUAAAAUAAAAUGCUGUAGCCCGCCCUCCGCCUGCCCUUUUAAUGGGAAAUUCAUGCCAAAUUGUUAAGUGAAAUUGUCGACUGUAAAAUAAAGCUGAUGUAAAAAUCAAAAA